AUGAAGGUCAAUCUCAUUUUCUCUCUUCUCCUUUUGGGAGCCUUUACGGCAGCUGCGCCUGCAGAUUGGAAGCGUCAAGAUUCUCCCGGCUUAGAUGGUACUCCGACGCCAGGAUCUACCGUUGACCGUGAUUGGGGCCCAGGAAACCCCCCAGACGUCUGGAAGCGUGAAGCAGAUGCCGCGCCCAAGUCAGGACCAAUUACCAAGCCGGAUUGGGAACCGUCUCAUCCGGGGCACAUCUGGAAUCGUGAAGCCGCUCCCAAAGACAAGAAACCCAAGCCAUGGCCACCAUUCCGAGGUGGUAGAGACAUCUGGAAGCGAGGUAGGACUUACAAUCCUCUGAAUGUUAAAGGCUUUUACCAAGGUGGAUAUUGA